AUGUCUCUUGAGAGCGGCAUUCAACAGGGGCGCAUUACCGUCAAAGUACAUCGUGCAGAUUCUCUUGUUGCUCUCAACCCGGAUGGCAGCUCAAAUCCAUGCGUGACGGCAACGAUUGGCCAGCAGUCACAGACAACGGCUGUUGUCAGGGGGACGACGAACCCGUCCUUUGACGCCACUCUCACCUUCAUUGCCUGCCCCCUGCCGACCAUUCUGACUCUGAGGGUAUACAAUAAGGCAACGUACACAGAGGCGGAGGAGCUUCUCGGCAGCGCAACGUUGACGCUCUUUUCGGCGUCUCCCAUGACACGUCGCACGCUGCAACUCGGGCACGGCGGGAAUGUUUCGCUCUCGCAAAAGGCUCGUGACGGGUGCGGCUCCUUGGAUGUAUCGUACGAGGUUGUCAUCAUGACACCGAGCGAGGUGGCGGCGCAGACGAAAAAAAGUGUGGCCAACGAUGAUCUUCCAGAGUUUUUGCGUGACGACAGCGGGGUCAUGAAAUUCACUUCGGCGUACGCAGCGGUGGAGCAACCGCCGCCAGCACCGCCGCCGCCACCAAAAGUGACGGCGCUGCCUGCCCCUAGUGAACCUCUUGGAGCUCCGCAACUUUCACAGCCACCACAACCCAUGCAGCCUGCAUCCACACAAAUGCCGCAGCUUCCCUCCAUGCUUUCGCCACCACAACCAACAUCCGUGCAGCAGCCACACUUUUUUUCUUCGACGAGUGGGCUGCUUGGGGCGGUUGCGGUUCCCCCACCCACUCCGCAGAAUGCCAGUGAACCUGUGACACGACAAAACCCUGUUGUGAUGGCCUCGUCGUCAACACCGCCGGUGGUGCCGCCACAAAACUUGCCUACCAACCCGUCUUUUACUGUUGCACAGGGUGUGGAGUCACCUGCGGCGCCCUUUUUUUCAGGCAGUACAUACCCCACUGCUUCCAGUGAUCCGGCUGCUCCCACAGGGCAAUCAUUACAUGCUAUGCAGCCAUCCAUGCACGGCAUCUCGGCGUUAGGUGAUGCUGUCGAUGUACAGCAGGUGGCGAAUACAGGUGGCGUCAUGGCAGGGGAAUUCGCAUUGCGGCCGAUGCCACUUCCCUCAUCACAGUCAAAUAUCCGACCCAAUUCGGCGGCAAUAUCCUCUUCAGUGAAUAGCAGUACGACGCCCGAUACUACUUUUGCCUCUUCCUCGAGUGCCACUAGUAGUCGUCAGCGACCGCAACAGCAAGAUUCUGGACAGAAUCAGCAGCAACAGUUAGUGACACCAUUGCCACCACCACCACCACCAGGAAAACAACCGCUAUCAUUACCACAGCCGUCAACCUCCGUUACAGGGGCGGGGGUUGCGCUCACGGCCGCGACCCAUACCACGGCUACAACGACUAGUCCAGGAAGAGACAAUGAAAAGCCCCUCAAAAAGGUGACCAUUAUGGCUUCUGCGAAGGAUCAGACUGGAGGUGCUGCGACAGCAACCACGAAGAAAAGUAACAAUGCGGUUACGAAAAGGGCAUUAGUGAAGGCAUUACCUCUAGCGGAUCGCGGGUCCCGCCUUACAGCAGUGAGUCCCAUGCGGGAGAACCGCCGCUCUUCAUCUGCAAACGGUGUGCGUUCAUCCUCUCGUGGACGCGCGUCGGCCCUGUCGGCGACACUGAGCACCGCUCAUCACUCACCGGCAUUGUAUCAGUGGCCUGACGAUCUUCUUGCCGCGGCUGCAGAAGGGAACACGGCGGUGUUCCAAAAACUUCGGGAAGAUGAUCCGCUAUUGUCCCGCGGUUUUGAUAAUGUGCGGGACUACUCUGGGCGCACCAUUUUGCACAUUGCGGCGUGGCACGGCCACACGAAUGUUCUCAGGACGCUUCUGCAGGCAUCACCAUCGGUGCCAAUCAUAGAGCUGCGGGCCCUGCGUUCCAAUAAUGGCAACACAGUUUUGCACAGCGCGGCACAGGGCGGUCGCGCGGAUGUUGUGCAGUGGCUGCGUUUUGGACACCCUGCAACCGGUACGCUGGUUGGGCUGCGCAACUUGCGCGGCUUGACGGCGACAGACUGCGCCCGAGAGGCUGGAUUUAUGGACAUUGCAACGAUGCUCGACGAAUCAUAA